AUGACUCUCGCCUCUCCCAUUUCACCAUCAGCCUCACCCGCAUCGUCCUCACCGCCCAUCACACCCACCAUGCCUUCCUCAUCUGCCUCAUCCAGUAGAACCUUACCCCUUCCUCGGCCAAGAUCAUCCCCUUCUCUCCACACGCACAAUGUAAACAAGAUGAAUCGAGAUUUAUCAUUCACUCCAGUCUCUCGUACUCCACAAGGAUCACAACCACCUAUCAUGGUAGCUCUCGCAGGAUGGCCUGAACCCAUCUACGUAUCAGCCACUAACGAUAGGAGAGGCAGUACGGGUGGUGUAGGCAAUAUGGGAUUUGAACCGUUGUCUUCUGGUCAGGUGUAUGAUGGUGUGGCCGUUGCUCCUCCUGUAUCAUUCAUCAAUGAUCUACAUCAUAACAUCCCCAACCCCAAUAAGAAGAUUAAAUCUAGACCUACCACACCACCUGUCGAUGAUCAACUGCAGAUCAAAGGAUUCCCUCACUCGUCAACAUCAACAUCAUCAAUCCCAUCAACAAUGAGUGGAACAUCGACAUCACCCGAAGUAACCGGUAAAUCCGAUAAACCCUCCACAGCAGAUGUGAUCCGAGACAAGCUUAAAGCUCGUCAAUCACCUCGUACCAAGAACAAAACCAACCCUAUACCGAAUAUCGUCCCUACACCGAUCUCAGCACCGAACUUAUCGAUCUUCGCUGCUGUCUGUCCUCACCUGACUGAUCCAUCCUUGGGUCCAUGUCCAUUCAAAUCUCAUCCUCACGAUGUGAGAAAUAUGUUCCCUCCGACUUCUCAUCUUUCAUCUUCUCCAACUUCUUCUUCCUCUUCAUCUCGACUGCCUCAUCAGCACGAUGGUAGAUCAGGAUCCUCCUUAUCGCCCAAGAGCGAAGAACUAUCAUCACCCGAAUUGGAUAAGAACCCACAAGGUUUGACCAACUAUUUCCCUAUUCCCGGUGCGGGCGCACCCAAACCCCGUUCGAGGGCUGUAGCACGCUUGAAUCCCAAGUCAUCUGGCUCUGGCUCUGGCUCUGGAUCCGGCUCAAGCUCAAGUUCCAAUGGGAAGAGGAAAGGUUCAACGUUCAAUGAUCCGAGAUACGGAGCGAUCUUACAUAAAGGUAGAGCUUUACCUGUUGUUCCAAGCUGGGAUACUACACCCGUCGACAAUGGAUUUCCAAUAAACAAUACGGUCAAGGGCAAAGGGAAGGAACAACAAGAUGAUGAAGAUAGGAUGGACGUGGACUUGGAUGGAGGUAAUGAUAUUGAUAAUACCCCUAUGGUCAAAAUGGAGGUCGAAUAA